UCCAGCCCCAGCCUGGGAGCAGCCGGGAGCGCGUGGCCGUGGGAUUCCUGCCUUCCUUCCCCGCGGGCGGCUCGGCAACUUCACCAUGCGGCUGGAAGAACUCCGGAGGCUCCAGCACACCUUGGAACAGGUCAAUGAUGGCAAAGACUUGCUUCAAAGCCAUCAGCUGGCCAUGGAUGAGGAAAACAACAUUGAGAAAUAUCACAUCAACUUAGAGCCCUUGGAGUCCAAAGUGAAAAUCAUCCAGCGGGCAUGGCGGGAGCACCUCCAGCGCCAGGACCUGCCCCCGGAGCGGCCCCAGGAGCGCAGCCCCUCCCCAGCAUCCCUGUCCUCGGGCAGGAUGAGCAGGUCCAUCAGCAUGAACACCUUCUCCGACAGCAGCACCCCCGAUUCCCGGGAGGAUGGCAUGGAUUUAGGCAGCGACGCCGGCAGCAGCCGCUCCAGCUCGGAAUCCAACUCCAGCAAAGCCACGCCGUGCUCGGAGGGCAAGUCCUCGCCGUGCCCCAGCAGCCUGGACCUGGCGGCGCUGGAGGACUCGGAGGAGGACUCGGAGGAGGAGGACGGGGGGUCCCCGCCGUGCCCGCCGCGCUGCCCCGCCGCCCAUGGGCGCGGGUGCGGGUCCGUGCCCGCCGGUCCCCCCCGGCGCUCGGCCCGCCCGCACCCCCCGCCCCGCACCGAGCGGGGGGCGGCCGCGGGGCCGGCCGGGCGGAGGGGCGGCGGGGCGAGGCCCCCCCGGGAGCCGCAGCCCCCCGCGAUGGACUGGGCAGCCCUGGAGAGGCACCUGGCGGGGCUGCAGUGCCGGGAGCAGGAGAGGAACCCCCGCGCCAACCCCGCCUCGGCCCAGAAGAAUGAGCGAGAGUCCAUCAGGCAGAAGUUGGCCCUGGGCAGUUUCUUCGACGAUGGCCCAGGACUCUACACCAGCUGCAGCAAGAGCGGCAAGCCCAGCCUGUCGUCCCGAUUACAAAGUGGGAUGAACCUGCAGAUCUGCUUUGUGAACGACAGCGGCAGCGACAAGGACAGCGAUGCCGACGACAGCAAGACAGAGACCAGCCUGGACACGCCGUUGUCACCCAUGAGCAAGCAGAGCUCGUCCUACUCCGACAGAGACACGACAGAGGAGGAAUCAGAGUCCCUGGACGACAUGGACUUCCUCACCAGGCAAAAGAAACUCCAAGCUGAAGCCAAGAUGGCCUUGGCUAUGGCAAAGCCCAUGGCCAAAAUGCAGGUGGAGGUGGAAAAGCAGAACAGGAAGAAAUCGCCGGUAGCGGAUCUUCUGCCACAUAUGCCUCAUAUAAGUGAAUGCCUGAUGAAGAGAAGUUUGAAACCCACUGAUCUAAGAGACAUGACUAUCGGGCAGCUACAAGUGAUAGUCAAUGAUCUGCACUCACAGAUAGAAAGCUUGAACGAGGAGCUGGUGCAGCUGCUGCUGAUCCGGGACGAGCUGCACACGGAGCAGGAUGCCAUGCUGGUGGACAUCGAGGAUCUCACCAGGCACGCUGAGAGCCAGCAGAAGCACAUGGCAGAGAAGAUGCCGGCCAAGUGAAGCCGGGAACGCCGGGAGCAGAGCUGGAGAGAGCCCUCAUCCUGCUGCUGUCCGUGUCCCAGGAAUCCAGUGUUAGUCCAUGACCAUGUCUGAAGCUUUAUGUCGGUGAUUGGCCUCUGCUUCUUAAUUUAUUUUAAUUUUUUUACUCGUGCCACUAAAUAUCAGGCAUUUUAAUAAUAUUAUUACAAAAAAAAAACCUGUACAGUACUUAUAACAUUAUAAAACCAUGGGCGAGAAGAGAGGGUAGUUUAACUUUAUUUUUGUUUGUUUAGAGAUUUUUUUUUGGUUGGAUGAUAUUUUUUCCCAUUGACUACUUUUUUAUUCUUCACUGUAGUUUUAAAAUAAAGAAACUGUACUUGACGGUGCUAUACAAGUCAAAAAGAAAAAAAAUACAUGCCUGCCUCGUAGUGAAGUUGUAGCUUUCAGUAAUCUGUAUAUUUUAAUCAGUUCUCAACAUUUUGUGAAUGUUGACUACCUGACAUUCAUUUUUAGAUGUGCUAUUAACACUCGGUCGGGUUCAGAGAGUUGAAAGUUUUAUGUAUAAAGCUGUAAAAUAAAAAGGAAAAAACUUGUUUCAUAUGA